AUUGGUGCGAUAACGGCUGACCUCUUCAUUCUUCGAGGAUAAACAACAAAUGAUGACCUGCAGUAAAACACCAAAGAAUGUCGUUAAGGAUAUCCCAAACAGGCGGUGCGCGCUGUUACUUGCAUCGCGGCUGUGACUAAGCCCGACAUCGCUUCAAGCGAACGCUACGCGUGACGUUAUUGCAACUUCUCGCCUAACUCCACACUCCAACAUCUUCUUCACAUGCCUCUUCAUCAACCCUUUGAAGUCGUUGAGAGGCCGUUGCCCUCAGUUCAAUGCGACAAUGGACUUUUCACUGGAUGAUAUUUUGUUCACUGGCGGCGAAGAUGCUGCGUUGACACUUCCUUACGACCAGAUUGACGAUCCAGCCCCUCAAUCGCGGAGUCCUUCAAAUUCGCUUGCUGAGGGAGCGAAUAUCGACACCAUGCUACAGACGAUCAACCCUCAAGAAGCGUUCAACCUUCAAAACUCCGAAAUCCCAGAUUUUCAGAUUGAUUGGAAUGCCGAUUUUCAGCAGGCCAAAGCAGCCUCCGAGACUCCCGCAGAUGAUCUCAAUCAGGACUUUUCUUUUCUCAAUCAACCAGCCACAGAUUGGGGUAUCCCAGCGCCGUUGCCAGCUUCCAAUGAUCCUAUUAAAACGCCCAUGACCACAAUUGAUGAAUUCUUUGUCAAGAAUGGAGCAUCCCGUCCUCCUGUUCCAUGCACCAAUUGUCGUCGAACUCGUUUGCAAUGCCUAAUCUUGCAAACUACGGUAGCAAACCCGAACCCUACCAAGAGUUGUUCGAGCUGUGUUGCUUUGUUCCGCGAAUGCAGUCUGGCAGGGCAGAAGAAGAGGAAGCCUUCGGAAUUUGAGACGUCGGAGCCUGUGAUCGGUCGCCUCCAUGGCGUUAGCGAGCACAGCAUCCUAGGAGUACCUGCGACAGUUGAUGAAGGUCAGUCAUCGCAUGGUCUUUCAAUGGCAGCACUGUCGGGCAAAAGGGCGAAUACUCGAUCGGUGCGAAAAACGAGGGUGCUGCGAAAUUGGUACCUUUCCAAUCUGGACCAUCCCUACCCAUCAGAGGAAGAGAAAGUCAGUCUUUCUCAACAGUCAGGGUUGAGCAGGAGUCAAGUAGUCAAUUGGUUUGCCAAUACUAGACGACGCCAUCGACUCUCCUCGACUUACUCUGCAUCGCCUGGCCGGGGUCGUCAAGGAUUUGCACCAGGAUCCCCCAUGCCGCAUUACCUCCGCAAAAACAUGUCACCCUUGGAUCGUUGGAAAAAUUCUCCGCCCGAUGAGGAACCAGCUUCAGCGACGGCGAUCCAAAAUGCUCUAGCUGCUCAGUCGAGUGGACAUAGUUCGUUGGAUAGCGACGCGGGUGCGUCUGAUGGACCAGGGUCAUCUGCGAGCAACGACUCUCUCUGGCUUUCUAAUUUACAAGAGGCCUCGUCCAACUCGGCAUCUUCUUGUUACUCGUAUCGUUCAAGGGAUGCGGCAUUCUUCUCUCGCUCUGGUAGUAGUUCAGUGGUAGAAGGGCCCUCCAUAUCUAGGACUGCAUCCUCGAGGUCACGAACAAAGAAGUUCAUCGCGUUUCAAUGUACAUUUUGCGGACAAAGCUUCAAGAAAAAGUACGACUGGGUUCGUCAUGAACGGUCAAUUCAUCUCCCGGGUCUUGACUCAUGGAUUUGCGCAUUGCCUGUCACGCCAGAUCAAUCGUUUUUAGUCUGGCGCAUGAGUGAAGAUGGCCCGCAAUGCCUUUUCUGUGGUGAGAACUCACCCAGCGACGAGCACAUUCAAGCUCACGAAUUCGACACCUGUGCCGAACGCCCUGUUUCAGAGCGCAAGUUUACGCGCAAAGACCACCUCUGGCAACACCUUCACAAGUUUCAUGGCUGUCGCAAGUGGGAUGGCUGGAAACCGGACCUGAGUCUGCUACAACACCGACAAGAUAUAAUAAGAAGCAAAUGUGGUUUCUGUCAAGUCAUGAUGGACAGCUGGGGAGAACGAACAGAUCACAUCGCUGCUCACUUCCGGUCCGGGUUGACGAUGGAGCAAUGGGUUGGAGGAUCCGGGAUCCACGACCCCGGGAAUAUGGGUACCGAAGACCGGUAGAUGAGCCGCUCUUGGAGGUGGAUGCGGAUACGGGAGAUGUCACUGACCCGGCAUCGGUACGGAAGAAUGGAGACAGUCGGAGGAACCGAUGCAGCCCUGUAUUCGACACGUGGGAACCCUGUCCUAGUGACUCCACUGACGGUUAACGGCGGUUAAGUCCAGAAGGCCCGUAGAAGCAUUGUUCAAUUGAUUCGACAUUCGAAACCAUUAAGCGAAAUGCGCAAGCCUCAAGAACAGCUUCUUCACGACCAGGAGUUCAGCUCAAGUUCAAGAGACCAAUACUCAGUGACUCCCUCGUACUCCAGCACCCCUGCGCCAUUGUGGGGAAUCAUGAAGUUGUGGCAAAUGUCAAACUCUCUUUGACAAGUGACAACAGACACGCGCACAAGAACAGUGGACAUGUGAAAUCCGGAGUUCGGAUGACAGCGUCUCAUUUGACAGCCCCUGGUCCGACUCUCCAUGACUUGUCAGAGUCUCGACCAUCCCUUGCUCACGCGAGCCGAGACUGUUGAUUCCUGUUUAUUUACGGCGGCCUUACCUUUUUGGAUAAAUUGGGCAACACCGAGCCGAAUGUCACGUACGUAUGCGGGGAUUCUUCUCUGUUGUUCUUUUCUGUCGGUACUCCUUUUUAACUUUGUUCUUCUUUUUUUCUUCUCUCACAUUUCGUUCUUUCUUCUAUUUUUUUUCUGUAACUUUGUUGUGUCUUGCUUCCCGUGUCUGUCGCCAACCCAAGCCUUCAUCUUCAGCUUCAUUCGCACAACUGCAUUACUCUCUACAAGUCAGUAAAAACAACUCCUUCAAAUCAGUCACCAUGAUCAUCACUCGCGCCCUCUCCAUCACCAACUUUGUCAUCGCUGGCUCGGCACUCAGCUUCCAGGUGGGUGUCCUGUACCCAUGGCACAAGCAGCUUGACGAUGGCUUCGAGGAGCUCAAGAAGGAGCAUUUGCGCGUCCUGCAAGCCGUCGAGUCGAAAGUACAGCAAACACGAGACACCGCCGUUCUCGAGGAGAGCCGUAACAGCGUUCGCGGCUUGCUCGGCAACCUUGCCGCAUGGAAGGCUUGAGCGUGGCCGACUUCGGGGACAUCGUAGCAACAAGACACAACAAAAUACCCAGCACAAAGCAAUUGAAAACCACAUAUACACGGAAGAAGAAACAACACUAGCGGCGUCUUUUUGAAUUCGACAACGACCAAAUUUCCUACUACUCAUGGCGUUUCUCCCACGUUAUUUUCUCGGCGUUCAAAUCCUCGGCCCGGGUGGGGCCGGCAACGGUCACGAUCCGGGUGGUCACGUGUAUCCCUGAACCCCCUCUUCCGGAUUUCAACGGUUUCACCCGAUCGGGAGUUUCCUUCGGUACCAUUACCUUAGACGGGCGCACGGGAAUAAUCAGUCAGUUACGGCAUGGGAAAGACAUUCACAUUUGAUCUGCUUAGACUAUUUAUAGCUCGCAUUUAGUUUGUGGUGUUUGCUAAAUGAUACUCUUUUUUUUUCUAGACUGCUGUCUUGUCGCUUUUGUGCUCAGUUCAAGUACCGCCGUGAUGGAUGUGUCGCGUCGUGCACCGCGACUCUUAGCUUGCUCUUACAGUAACAUAGAUCGUGAAAGACUGGAUCUAUCUAGCAUGAUAAUCAUGAGAUAGAGAAUAUGUUAUUGAAGUCUCAGCGCAGGCCUUGAAAUGAACCGUCCACCGCCAUCUCCCACCGAAAUGAGACCGACUCCCACGAAGCGCCAAAACAUUAUACACGUCUGAUCUUCCGUCUAAUUGUCCACCUUGAACCACACGGGGUCAUUCGCGUUAUUCGUCAUACGAACAUCGAAGGUGCCCGAAUAACCGGGCAUGAUACGCAGCGGCGCGGCAUCGGAGACACGAACGGGGAGAGACCUGCUGCCGUUGAAGAGCUUAUCGAUGUUGUUGUUGAACUGCACAAGUAGCACGAGAAUUCCGAUGAGCGCACCUGUCGCAGCGAGUUUGACGACGAGGUCGAAGAAGGCGAUGACUUUGAGGAAGCCGGAUGAUGACUUUUCGGCGGUGGUCAUUGUGGGGAUGGUUGAUGUUUGAGGGGCGGUUGUGGGUUUAUCGGCCAUGAGCACGAGGUAUGUAGUAUUUGAAGGUGAGCAAGUGCUGAGGCAAAAGAGGAAGACGCGAGCAGAGACGACAUUCCCAAGGCUGGGCUGGGAAAGCAAGGCCUUGAAAUACCGUAGGGCUAUCCGAGGGAGACUCACACCGCAAGGCUGAUCGACGGGGAUAGGCACUGAAAUAAGCUUAACUCACCAAGCUUCCAGGACAUGAGACCGCCAUGACAGGGGUUUAAUUGAAGCUACUACAUAUUGAGAGAGCGCUAGAUGCUAGUUGGUGGUUUCCAGUGGUGGGUGUAAUGUCGUGAAGGGUUGUCAUUUGAUGAGCUUCCUUGCUUUUGGUGAGGAUUCUCCACAGCGCAGGCUAUGCUUGCUUGCCCUGUUUAUGAGGGCGGCGAUGAUGAUCGUGGGAUAAAUGCUCGCAUAUAGUUAGCAUCUUGUCAAUCUCAGAGACCAACACAAACUAAAGUCUUGGGACUUCAUUCCAUUUUCGUAUUGUCGAGGGCAAACAGCUCAACGAGUCAUGAAUUGGAGGGGUACAC